AUGGGUUGGUUGACCAAAUUUUUUAGAGGUUCAACCCACAACAUCUCGGAAGGGCCAGAACGAAGCAGGCCUGCAGAAGAGACAAGAUGGAAUGAACCCUCCACUUCCACUGUUGUGAUUGAUCCCCUUUCGGAAUUUGAUAAUGAGGAUAUUGACCGUGCUAUAGCACUUUCUCUAUUAGAAGAGGAACACAGAAAACCAAAGGAAACAGGAAAGGAUCUGCAUUUAGAUGAGGAUGAACAACUGGCAAGAGCUAUUCAGGAAAGUUUGAAUGUUGAAUCACCCCCUCGUGCUCAUGAAAAUACCUCGCCCCCUCGUGCUCGUGAAAAUAGUGCACACCCUCGUGCUCGGGAAAAUGGCAGCGCCAACGGUGGCAAUUCAUAUCAACAAUUACCAUUUAUGUUUUCGUCUGGAUUCAGGACAUGUGCUGGAUGUAACAAUGAGAUUGGCCAUGGACGUUUUCUUAGUUGCAUGGGAGCUGUUUGGCAUCCAGAGUGCUUUUGCUGCCAUGCUUGUAAUCAGCCAAUAUAUGACUAUGAGUUCUCCAUGUCAGGAAACCAUCCAUACCAUAAAACUUGUUACAAGGAGCGCUUUCACCCAAAAUGUGAUGUCUGCAAGCAAUUUAUUCCUACAAAUAUGAACGGCCUUAUCGAAUAUAGGGCACAUCCUUUUUGGUUACAAAAAUACUGUCCAUCACAUGAGGUGGAUGGUACUCCAAGAUGCUGUAGUUGUGAAAGAAUGGAGCCAAGGGAAUCAAGAUAUGUAUUGCUUGAUGAUGGUCGUAAGCUCUGCCUGGAGUGCCUUGACUCUGCAGUAAUGGAUACGAAUGAGUGCCAGCCUCUUUACCUCGAAAUACAGGAAUUUUAUGAAGGUCUCAAUAUGAAAGUGGAACAACAGGUUCCUCUGCUUCUUGUAGAAAGACAGGCUCUAAAUGAGGCCAUGGAGGGAGAGAAAACUGUGGGACACCACCACCUUCCUGAAACAAGAGGUUUGUGCCUAUCAGAAGAGCAGACUGUUAGCACGAUAUUGAGAAGACCAAGAAUGACUGGAAACAAAAUUAUGGAAAUGAUAACAGAGCCGUAUAGGUUGACACGGCGGUGCGAAGUGACUGCAAUUCUCAUUCUGUAUGGUCUCCCAAGAUUGUUGACAGGUUCAAUUUUAGCUCAUGAGAUGAUGCAUGCAUGGUUGCGACUUAAAGGAUACCGCACUCUCAGUCCAGAUAUAGAAGAGGGCAUAUGCCAAGUCCUCGCCCACCUGUGGAUCGAGUCGGAGAUCAUGGCAGGAUCAGGCAGCAACGCCGCGUCGACAUCCUCAUCCUCUUCGUCGUCCGCAUCGUCGAAGAAGGGCGGAAGGUCUCAGUUCGAGCGGAAGCUCGGCGACUUCUUCAAGCACCAGAUCGAGUCGGACACCUCCGUUGCCUACGGGGACGGUUUCAGGGCUGGGAACCGGGUUGUUCAGCAGUACGGCCUGAAGCGCACCCUCGAGCACAUCCGGCUGACAGGGACAUUGCUGUUCUGA